GUUCCUUACAGAAGCCCCUCCCCUUUUGCAGUCAGGUAACAUUCUCAGUUGACAUUUUGUUAUUUGCCAUGAAUGCAGCCAUUUCUCUUCAAGCAGAUGAAAUGAUAAAUUAAUGACCAGGGGACCAGUGCAUCUGGAGCAAAAAUGGAUAGAGAAGUGGAAGGGACUGUUUCUGAGCCUCUUUCGGAUUAUGUCACCACUGACAGGACUGACCUGUAUGGAUUUGAGAGACCUCAUGAUUUUGAAAGCUACAAAGACAUGAUGGAUACAUAUGCCUCAGUCCUCAGCAGAAGGUCACAAAGGUGGUCCCAACUGCUUCAGGGAAAACCAGAUGUUGAGAAGAACAUGACAGUAAAGAGAUUUGUGCGAAAAGGCGUGCCUAAUGAGCAUCGUGCCAGAAUCUGGAUGGCAGCAAGUGGUGCCCGGGAAAAACAAGAGAGUAACAAUGGGUAUUACCAGUCGCUACUGGCAGCUGAGCAUGACACUAAACUUAAAGAGACUAUUUACACAGACAUGCAUCGAACAUUCCCUGACAACAUCCUAUUUAAAACCAAAGCGGAUUCAUGCUUGCAAAAAGCUCUCUACAAUAUUCUAGUGGCAUACGGACAUCAUAAUAAAGCUGUAGGAUAUUGUCAGGGGAUGAAUUUUAUUGCGGGAUAUCUCAUUCUAAUUACCAAAGAUGAAGAGAAAUCCUUCUGGCUCUUGGAAGCUCUGUUGGACAGAAUACUCCCUGACUACUACAGCCCUGAUAUGCUGGGACUGAAAACUGACCAGAAGGUUCUAGGUGAACUUGUGAAGACUAAAGCUCCAGCUGUGGGUCAGCUUAUGGAUCAGUAUCCUGGUAUAUGGACACUGGUGGUCUCUCGUUGGUUCAUCUGCCUGUACAUCGACAUUCUUCCCAUAGAGACUGUGUUGCGAAUUUGGGACUGUCUCUUUUACGAAGGCUCCAAGGUACUUUUCCGUGUUGCUCUGACUCUGAUAAUUCACCAUCAGUCAGAAAUCCUGAGAGCUCGCUCUCUACCUGAUGUGUGCUCAUGUUUCAAAGAAAUGACCCAGGGAGUAUUCACUCUAGACUGCCACACCUUCAUGCAGAAAAUAUUUACUGAACCUGGAAGCCUAUCCAAGGCAACUAUUGAGAAACUAAGAGAAAAAUGCAGAAAACAAGUUAUUGAAGAAUCUCACCUGCCAUAAGGAUUUUUUUACAUUAUAUUUUUGUGAGGGAUGGGGCAAUUUUGUACAGGUUUACUUUAAC